CGCGGAUAAUGCUGCUACGGAUCCGCUUAGAGGUGCGGCUGCCGCCGGGUUAGGAGACUCGCUGCUUAAGUUGAGGCGUCGCGUUGCGCAUGUGCAGCAUGGAAAUAAGCAUGCUAGCUCCAAUGCGAUUGUAUACGUUGUCCAAGGGCCACUUUGUCCUGGUUUUUGUUGUCUUCUUCAUUUGUUUUGGUUUGACUGUCUUAAUAGGCAUUUCAGGUCCCUAUGUCAUUGAUUCUUUUCCUACAGUACUUCAACUGAAUAAUGCUUCCAAGGCGAGGAUGUUUAAUUUAAGUUCACAGCCAUUAUCUACUUAUAAUCAACAGUUAUGGCUAACAUGUGUAGUGCAGUUGGAUCAACCUUAUGAUAAUAAAUGGAAAGUAAACUUCAAUAUGUCAGUUACAAUACGUGGUGUAGUGGAAAAUGCAAGUGUAAAAUACUUCAAUAAGGAGAGUUACAAUCGAACAAGGACACUCAGCUGUGCACAGCAAUGUGCUGAAAUUAUUGUGGUUCAUCUUGGUUACCUGAACUACACACGUUAUGAGAUUACUGUCGCCUUUGAGAAACUUUCCCAUGACUACCACAUCAAGAGCUUUAACUUUACAUGGAAAACCUAUAACCCAACCUUCUCACAAGUGGAAAUCUGGUUCCGAUUUGUGUUUGUGGUUUUCACAUUCAUAGUCACAUGUCUCUUCGCACACUCCCUGCGCAAGUUCUCCAUGCGAGAUUGGGGAAUAGAGCAGAAGUGGAUGUCCAUCCUCCUUCCCUUGCUUUUGCUUUAUAAUGAUCCAUUUUUCCCCCUCUCAUUCCUAAUCAACAGCUGGUUUCCUGGAAUGCUGGAUGACCUCUUUCAGUCACUGUUCUUGUGUGCACUGCUACUUUUCUGGCUCUGUGUCUACCAUGGGAUCAGAGUGCAGGGAGAGAGGAAGUGCUUAACAUUCUAUUUUCCUAAACUACUUAUUGUUGGUCUUCUGUGGUUGGCUUCCGUUACCUUGGGAAUAUGGCAGACUGUCAAUGAACUUCAUGACCCAACAUACCAGUAUGGGAUUGAUGCAACUAACUUUCAGGGGAUGAAGGUCUUCUUCCUUGUGGUGGCAGUUGUGUACAUUUUGUACCUUCUGUUCCUGAUAAUCAGGGCAUGCUCAGAACUUCGGAACAUGCCCUAUGUUGAUCUCAGGCUGAAAUUCUUGACUGCAUUGACAUUUGUCGUGCUGGUCAUUAGCAUUGCUAUACUUUAUCUGCGUUUUGGAGCCCAGGUUCUACAGGACAACUUUGUGGCUGAACUCUCCACUCAUUAUCACAAUUCUGCAGAAUUCCUAUCGUUCUAUGGCUUAUUGAACUUCUAUCUAUACACACUAGCCUUUGUGUAUUCUCCAUCCAAAAAUGCCCUGUAUGAGUCUCAGUUGAAAGACAAUCCUGCCUUCUCCAUGCUAAAUGAUUCAGAUGAUGAUGUGAUUUAUGGGAGUGACUAUGAAGAAAUGCCUCUUCAAAAUGGCCAGGCUAUCAGAGCCAAAUUCAAGGAAGAGUCGGACAGUGAUUAAAGUUUUCAUAGAUGUGACCCACAAUAUGAGAAAGAGAAGACAUCUUGACUUUUCUCCCAUGUCUACUGUCAACUGUUCAUAGUCUGCUGUAGAAUAAUUUCUGUUUCUCCUUUUCUGUUUUCAUAUCUAAAACAUGAAGAGGAAUGGGGAGAAUUUCUUUUGGAUAAGAUUUAAAAAAAAAAAAACUUGGUGUGCUUUAAACACCCUCCCAACAAACAGUAAUGUUAGAAUAUCUUAAUGUGAUGGGAAGCUGCUAUAUCAGUUUACUAAAUCAAAGGGGCUUUGGGGGUCUUGGGUAUUGUGAAUUCAUGGCUGAUACUUCCCUUAUUUGCUGAUUGAUUACUCAUACUACUGUAAAAUAUCCUGCUUAGUUACUUACAUGGAGGUUAACAUUCAGCAACUUGUUAUUUUUCCUUGGUACUUAUUUGGGUGGUGGUAAUCUGGGUGUGGCAGUGGGGAGUGAGGAUGUGCUCUUGUGCUCUCUGGUCCUCUUGCCUGUGCUCAGCCCUGGCCAGGAAGCAAGCCAAGCUGAGAUCAAGUCUGCAGAUGCUUGGGCAUGCUAGUGGAUCCCUUCCUUGUACAACACAGAAAGACCACAAAUCACAUGUGCAGAAGCAGAACUGUGCUUGCACAGCAGCUGCUCAGAGGGGCAGAGAGCGAGCAGGCUGGAGUCUGGGGAGCUGAGCCAAGGAAAUCCAAUGGAUUCCCACCUCAAACAAGAUUCCUCACAGGGUCACAUCUCCCAACAUGUUUAGAGCCUGAACCUCCUCUGAAACUUCCCAUUCGAAAACCUCAAUUUCUAUGUUCUUAUUUCAGGGGUAGAGAGGUGGCAGGUAAGAAUCAUAAUUGUGAUGCAACAUUGUAUUGUGAUUUGAGUUCAUAAAAUGAAGAAACUUUUUCAGUAACUUGAAAAAUGCAUUGUGUUGCAAGCAAUGCAUUUGGGACAACUUCUGAGACCAAUGCACUUUUAUGUAAUUGUUUUCGGAGGCAAGAUAAUUUGCAAAAGAGAAUUGUUUCAAGGCUGCUUUAUCUUAAAACAACACUAACCUUCAAAUAGAUUACAGAUUUUAGUGGAAAAAAAUCAUACUCUUGAGCAUUUUCUGCAAAUCUAAAUGUUUGCUCGUUUUUGUUUUUCAUUUUUAUAUGUAACUUAAAAAUACAUUCCCUUAAAUGUCUAGAUUUUGUUCUGCACAUUUUAAGCAGUUUGAUCUUUAAUGAUAUCAUUUAAAUGAAUAUUUAGGUGAGUUUUUGGACAUCAAGAUGCAAAAUGGUAGUUGAUCAAGGACCAACUCUAUGUUGACCAAGUGAAGUACAGCUUUCACAUUGCACAGAACCCUUUCAAUUGUAGAGCUCUGCAAGAAUUAUUGAACCAAAUCCAGCAUGUUAUGAUUGUGGGGGGGAUGCUUGAAAUACCCUUUUCAUGACAGCUGCCACAGGUGGUGACUGUAAUGUGGAAUGUAUCAUCCUGUUGCAUGCAUACAAUGGGAGCAAGUCUUUCUGCAUGUUGCAGCAACAAUGUGGUGGUUGUGAUGUGUGGACUCAAGUCACAGUCGAUUCAGCUUAAUGGGAACCAUUUUAGAUCACCUGUGUUUUGGAAAGGAGCCUUUUUUAAAGUUCAUUUAAAAUGAACUUAAAAUGGCUGCUACCAUAGUUUGUGUGUGUUCUUGUCCAUGCUGAAAAUAUACAGCAGUGAACCUCAGGAGUUUUACCGAAAUGGUGUUGCCAAUCAUGGCAUAUGGGGAAUACCUCUUUCCUCUUCUUCCAUAGUAGCCUUAGUUUUGUAUGGAUUCUUUGAAUUGGCAUGGUAAUGCAUUAGCUUUAUUGAGUAGACUACCUGCCCAGCAGGAUUUGCCAGGAUUUGCGUGUUCUUUUACAAGGCCAUGUUCCUUUUCAUAGAUGACUUUAGAAGGUUCUUCCAAAAUAAAUACUGCAGGCUGUCAUACUACAGAGCAACCUGAAAUUGGCCAAUAGGAAAGAUAAUGAGACUGAUUAUUCUUGUUUAAAUGUUAAAAGUUGCGUGUAUUUCUUGUACACUUGGAUCACUACAAAUUUGAAUCUCCUGCUUUGCGAACCUUGUAAUGUACCUUCAGACUAGGGGAACAGUCUACUACUAGCAUUUCUUAAUACAGUGAUUGGCUCAAGUCAUAGGCUGGGAUAGAAGGAAUCUUCUGUGUAACGAGCAUAUCCCUUUACGUUUGAGUGCAUGUAGAUCUGGAGGUCCC